CAGAACUGAAAGUAAGACAACAGAGAGGACAGGGUGAACGACUGAUCACCGACGGUAAGACAUCCUCCUCAAUUUACAUUCCCUGAGGAUGUCAGUGCAGUUCUCUGGCUGGGAGGUGGUGGAUGAUGGGGCCUGUUUUUCAGGUGUGGAGCUUGGACAAUCCCAGACACCCCAAAAUCGCGGUGUCUACACUAUGUACCAUGGCACCAGUGUUGCCAGUGCACGGGUCAUCAUUGCCAAUGGUUUUAAACAGUCAUCAGGUGGCAUGCUUGGAAAAGGCGUGUAUGUCAGUCGUGAUAUUAAAAAGGCCUGUCAUUAUCCGUUGAAGAGCUUGUUUACAGACAGGGUUGUCCUGAAGUUGCGUGUGCGUGUUGGCCAUGUGAAACGCAUUGACAAGGACAACCAUCCCAUGCAGUACACCUGGAAUGCACACGGCUACGACACUGCAUGGGUGCCUCCCAAAUGUGGUCUUCAAGCUGUGCGCAGUGGCUUAGAAGAGGAUUGUGUGUUUGACCCCAAAAGAGUGCAGGUGAUAGGAAUUGCAAAGGCGCCUAACAACACCAUAGAGAGUGAACUGAAACAGCUUCUAUCAAGAUCAUCCAAAAGCCACGCAGGUAGAGGAGCAGGAGGAGGGGGAGGGGGUGAUGGUGCUGCAAAUGUGUGUUCACUGUGUAAGAGGAAGACCCAGCUGGGUUCUCCACACAUGACACAGCAGUGCUGGGAGUGUGGUAAAAACAUCUGCAUCCUCAUGUCCAAGCACUUCUGUCCUGCCAGAGAGGGAACUAACCUAAACAGCUGCCAUUAUAAAGGAAGGAUGUCAAUGCAGUUCUUUGGCUGGAACGUAACCUAUGAUGAUGACACCCCUCGUGUGGAGCUGGGGGCCUCUCAGGCCCCAAAUGACCGCGGGGUCUACACCAUGUACCAUGGCACUAGCCCCGCUAAUGCACGGAUUAUUAUUGCCAGUGGCUUUAAGCAGUCAUCACGUGGCAUGCUGGGACUGGGUGUAUAUGUCAGCCGUGACAAGACUAAGGCAGAGCGUUACCCAUUACAAUCUAACCCCGCAGACCGUGUGGUCCUCGAGUUGCGAGUGCGUGUUGGACGUGUCAAGCGUAUCGACAUAGACAACCACCCCAUGCAAUACACCUGGAACAGUCAGGGCUAUGACACUGCAUGGGUGCCCCCAAACUGUGGCAUGAAAGCCGUGCCCAGCGGUCUAGAGGAAGAUUGUGUGUUUGACCCCAAGAGAGUGGAGGUGGUAGGGAUUGCAAAGGCACCGGGGACUGUACUGAUGGAGCUUCAAAAGCUUUUGGCCAACAGAAACAUCACCACAGGAAAUGGGGGUGCAGUGUCUUCUGCCAGUGGUGCUGUUGAUGUGUGCUCAUUGUGCAAGAGGAAGACCCAGCAGGGCUCACCACACAUCAAGCUGCUGUGCUGGGGCUGUGGGCAAAACAUCUGCACCCUCAUGGCCAAGCAUGUCUGUCGAUUCAGCAAUUGAAAGGAUGUAGAGGGCCUAAAUAACUGAACCGUUUACAAACAUGGUAGAAGGAUCCAAAUGCAAUAUGUGUCUUAUGUAGUGGAGGGGAGACAAAUCAAAGUUUCCUCUUGUCUUCUCAGGGUUUUUUUUUCCACUAUUACUGUCAAGUAUAACAGGUGUCUAAAGGUAAAAUGAGGUAACUUCAGGUGCCCAUAAUGUUUUCUGUAAAGCUCUUUAAGUAAUGUUCUACAUCCAGGAAAUCAGGAAUUUGUUUAUUGUACAGCUGAAAUGUAUGCAGCACUGAAGUAAUGUUCAUUAGGAUAAUGUGUAAUCAAGAUGAAGCAAUCUUAUGUUGAGCAAAAAGCCUUUAUUUGACCUGAAAGUGGACAUUGGUUCCUUUAUGUAAAUCACAUGAAUGUGCCAAAGGACAUGGUUUUGAUUUUCUGUAUUGAUUUAAUUUCAUGAACACUGCACAAUGUAAAACCAAAUAAUCAUGUUAUGCCAAUAAAUGUCAUUUAUAAGCCACAA